AUGUCAUCUAUCAGCACCCCGCCGGCCGGAAAAUGUGAGUGGCUCGUCGUUGUGCCCGACAAGCCCGGCAUGCAGCAGAAGAGACUCGAUGUUCGCCCGAAGCACUUCGAAGGCCUGCAGCCAUACCUGGAGUCCGGCCAGUUCAAAACGGGAGGCGCUGUCCUGAACGAGAAGCCCGAGGGCGACGACCCGACCAAGUGGGACUUCCACGGCAGCACGCUGGUCCUGAUCGCCGAGUCCAAGGACGAGGUCAAGGCGAUCCUGGAGAAGGACAUCUACGCGACCAGCGGGGUCUGGGAUGUCGAGAACGCACAAAUCUGGGCUGCCAAGUUUGCUUUCCGGAAGCCUUGA